UCCUUUGGAAGUUAUUCACUAAACAGGAUGCAUCAGUUUGAGUCCUGUUCUGAUACUUGAAAGGCCUACGAACAAUUUCUUCUCCAUUCUCUGAGAUGAACUGAAUAUUUUCUCCUCAAAGCGAGUAGUAUUUUAUCAUUAAUGAUACUGACGGGAUGAUGCGCGUACUGUUUCUGAUGUUGUCCUGUUUUGUCGCUGGCGGGACCGAUCGAGUGAGCACAACGUGCACAGCUGAGGCUUGCCUUACGUUGCAUUCGGAGGAAAAACGUUUUGAAAAAGCUUCAGAAGACUGUAUCAAUAAUGGUGGCAAAUUGGUUACUAUGAGAAAUGAAAAUGAACUUCAGAGCAUCAAAUCAGCUCUUUUAGCAGCAGAGAAAUUCAACAUCCUUAACUCUACACUUUGGAUCGGACUUGUGUUGCAGAAAAGACACUGCACCGAUUUCACUGAGGAGUUACACGGCUUCAGAUGGACUUCAGAGCCGAGAGAUUCCAAAUAUUCCAACUGGAAAAAGAAACCUUUGAGCACAUGCACGGAAAAAAGGUGUGUGUCGAUUUCACUGGCAGAUGGUCUCAAGUGGUCAGAUGGCUCAUGUAGAGACGGCGCAUUUUAUAUGUGUACAUUUCUCUUCAAAGGCAUGUGCAAACCAAUAGUGUUGGAGAAACACGGUGAUGUCAAAUACAAAGUCCCAUUCUUAUUUACACCGCUAAAUCCAAAUGAAAGGUUAGCGAUGUUACCACAUGGGACAUUGGCUGAAAUACAGUGCGGCGGGUCGGAAGAUGCAGAAUCUUUUGUCACAGUUUGUGACAACAAUAACGGUCUUUUUGGCUGGACAAAUUUAGAGAGUCUUUGCGCACGAAAUAAACGCUGCAAAAACGGAGGCUGUGAUCACCUAUGUUUUGAGACUGCAGGAGCAGGUAUUAGUUGCGAAUGUCAUGAAGGUUAUUACCUGAUGGAUGAUAAAGUGAGUUGUGCUCUCAGAAAUAACUGCGAAAACUCACCUUGCGAAUCAAAGUGUAUACCGACUGCCACUGGCUUUUCAUGCGCAUGCGCGGAGGGAUUUCAUUUGGCUGAAGACAGCGUCAGUUGCGUUGAUAUCGAUGAAUGUCAGCAACGUACCUGCAGUGAACACAGGUGUCACAACACGCCGGGAAGCUAUUUUUGUGAGUGUAAUCCCGGCUUCAGGCUUGUCGCAGGCAAAUGUGAAGACGUGGACGAAUGCACCGAACUCAGAUGUCAACAGGGCUGUCUCAAUUCACAGGGUUCAUUCUCUUGUUACUGCCACGCGGGUUACAGUUCAUCAUUAAACGAUAGCGGGAUAUGUGUAGAUAUCGAUGAAUGUAUCAGUAGACCGUGUGAAGACAUCUGCUUCAAUACCUUGGGCAGUUUUAAAUGUUCCUGUAGGGAAAACUUCAUUGUGGCUAAAAAUGGCAUCAGCUGCGUCCCGGAUCCCACAGAUAAACCACAAAGCUCUCCAUCUUCAGAUCAUAGAGAAGCAUUCAUCACUAAACUGAAUCAGUUACCUGUCACUUUUGGACCGACAACAGUCUACCCCCCUCCACUUACAAACGCAAAAACGGACUCUAGUAAACGCAAAGAAAGUUUUCUCGGAAGUUCUUGGAUUUUGGUGUGUGUCUUAGGUUCGGUUAUCCCAUUGACUGUGAUCAUUGUGGUAAUGUCAGUCUUUGUCGUCUACCGAUGGAAACGGUCAAGUAAAGCCGCUUUAAAAAAUGCCACUGCUGACAACUACUGCUGGGUUUCAUCUGGAUUGGACAAAGAGCAGAAAAAAAAAAUGCAACAGUCAACUGAAUGAUUAAAUGAAGC